GUGACUUGAUGGAUGUGCUAGCCCUGUUCACGUCAUCAGUGAACUUCGUGCUGUACUGCAGCAUGAGCCGGCAGUUCCGCUGCACCUUCGCGCGGCUAGCCCGGCGUAUGCUUUCCGCGGCAGAGGAGCCGGCCAAGUUCGCCACCAAGCUGGAGCCCACAACGCAGGUAUCGGAUGGAGGCUUCCAUUGUGUCACCGGGCCGCUAUAGCGACAAAUACCCGCCCUGAUCAGGGUGGUCGAAGAAAGUAAUAUGUAAGAGUUUUGAAAGGUACCUAAUCUUGCUCUCUAAAUUAGUUGAAGAUUACUAUUAUAGUUAUUAACGGUAUAAUAUUGUAUUAUUAGUAAGGCGAUGUAAAUUUCCUACUUCAUAGAAUUGUUAUAAAUUUCUUAGGUAGUUAAGUAGAUAUCUUUAAGUGUUUGUGUUUUUCUCUAGAUUUUGUGUCUUAUGAGCCAUGACGCAAGAUCUAGAAUUCUCUAUCGUCGCAUUUGAGUAACAAUCUGUACAUUUUGUAUUAUAGUUAUGUAUGUCUGAACAAAAUUACUCAGAUAUUUUUUUACUUCUAGGGUCCAAAACGUUAAUUGUAUACUUUGUAUUAUAGUUUGAAGAGUAAAGUAGACUACGCAUUUAUGUCACGUUUAAGUACUCACUAUUGUAUACCCGCUAUUUGCACUUACUGUUUAAUAGUUAAUAUUAAUAUUGACAGGGUCAACAUAAUAAGCGGGUAGCGAUUGCCAUCAUAUUUCAUCGUGUAUGCAUGUAAGAUUAGACUUUUAUUA